AUGAGAUCGGUGGCGGUCGACAGCGUCGUUUUGUCCGAACGCCAAGACUUGACGGAAGCCGUCUUUGAGCUCUUGCAGGACCAAUGGCCGAUACAUGCCGAGACGCGCCGUCGCAGCCUCUCGCCAUCGCCCAACGAAGAGCGCGUGCUGCUUCUCACGUCGACUUGUGAUACUGGUUUGGACCAUGGCGUGGUGGCACACGCCCAGUUGAAGUGGCCGCAACCACACGUGUGUCUCGUGGUGUCGGUGGUUGUGCAUCGCGCGCACCGCCGCCAGCAUGUGGGCGAGACACUCAUGGCGGCCGUCGACGCGCGUAUUCGCGCUAGCAACCGAACCAACGGCCCCGUGACCACAUACGUCUGGACCGCCGAUCAAGAGGCAUUCUUUGAACGUGUCGGGUACCGAACCUGCGCACCGUUCGACGGUCGCCAUCGCGCGGUCGCCAGGCUCGACCAAGUGCAACAGCAUAAUCUGUCCAGCCUCCUCCAGCGGCGCAGCGCCGCCGACGACAACAGUCGCCUGGACGUCACGUGGCUGAGCAAGACUUUGGUGUAG